UUGGUGUGUCGUAGUUGCAGGAUGCAGCUGCAGCCAAUAAUGUUGCUACUGAUAAGGUUGUAAAGCUCUGCCAUUGCUGCGAAGAAAAUGUUGGCACCAAAAACUCACACGUGCGAGGCUCUUUCUCUUUCUCUGCCACAACCGUCAUCUCCUCCUCCGGAGCCCGUGAACAUCCUCUUCCGCCGCCGCCAACUCCUCAGCGCCACCGCAUCCACCAUUUCCUUCAAUUUCACUGUCCCUUUCACAACCUCUCUGUCCAUGUCAGAGCCGGUAGCCAGUGCCGGCGGCCUCUUCCAAAUGCCCCCACCACGCCUCAUCAACCGGUAUUUUCUGGUGAGAGCGGGUGAGUCGGAGUUCGAGAGCAUGGGAGUUAUCAACACAAACCCAGUGGAGAAGACUUCUGUGGAUAGCGGCUUAUCUGAAAGAGGGAAGAAACAGUCUAUAAAAUCAGCUUUUGAUUUGAAAGAAAUGGGAGCGUGUGACAAGGGCUGUUGGAUCUGGUCUGCUAUUACUCAGAGAGCUUACCAGACUGCUGAGAUUAUUGCUUCUGUUAAUGGAGUUACCCGUAGUUAUAUAGUCCCAGAAUACAGCUUUCUGGAUGCCCGUGGAUUAGGUGCCUUUGAAGGAAAAAAGUUGGAAUAUGUUUCAGAAGUGUAUGCAUCAGAUGGUAUAUCUCCGAACAUCAAGCCUCCUCCCAUUAAUGACGGAACUCCGAAUGAGAGUGUUGCAGAUGUUUUUGUUCGUGUGACACAGCUCAUGUCAAUUCUUGAAACUCAGUAUUCGGGUGACACCGUUAUUAUUGUGUCGCCAGAUUCUGACAACUUGACAAUCCUUCAGGCAGGUUUGAUAGGACUAGACCUUCGAAGGCACAGGGAACUGUCUUUUGCACCUGGUGAAGUUCGCUUUGUUGAUCCCAAUGACAUUCCCGUAUAUAAGCAGCCUGCAUCUGCUAUAUAUAAAUGUUCCAAGAACCCACCAAAUUGUAACUAACUGUUUUCUUUUGGUUCAAGGUAUAACAGGAAUAUGGAUAUCGAUUAAUAAUAGUUCAAGUUGUACUGAUGUUUAAUUAUAAAUUAAAAAAACUUACUAUCUUAAUACAAACUAAAGAUGAUUAGAUGGAUGUGAGUUCAUAUAUGUAAGUGAAAACCUAAAGAUUAAUUUGAGUUUUGUAA